AUGAACAACAUGGACAGCCAGAAGCCCGUGCAUACAAUCGUGCUGGACGCCGGCGCCAUUAUCAAAAACCAGCCCCCUGUGUCCACGCUACUCAACCAGUGCGAAAGCCUUGUGACGGUCCCGGCCAUCAUCUCCGAAAUCAAGGACACUACGACGAGAGCACGAGUACAGACGACCCUGCUACCCUUCCUGACUCUCCGAUCUCCAAAGCCCUCCAGUGUAAAGUUUAUCGCCGAUUUCGCGCGGAGGACGGGAGAUGGCGCGGUGCUGAGCAGGCCGGAUGUGGACAUUAUUGCGUUGGCUUACGAGAUCGAGUGUGAGCGUAAUGGGGGUGAUUGGAGAUUACGUCGGGUACCAGGGCAGAAAGGCUUGAACGGUGCACCUCCGGCGAAGACCAAUAGCCCAGAAGAACAAUCUGCUCAAUCAAAUCCACCAACCAUCCCGGCGUCUGAAGAUGAACCAACUGCCGCAUCAAACGGCACAGAACUACCCGCCGAUGUUGCAGCAGUAUCUGAGACGGUGGAGAACCUCGAAAUCGAUACAGGCGACGAAAUCCCGGAGGCCGAGCAGACCGGCACCAAACACGAUUCCGCCCUUAACUCAGAAGACAGCCACGAAGCAUCAGACGCCGAAUCCGACGGCUGGAUCACCCCUUCAAACCUCAAGAAGAAGCAAGCAGAAGAUGCCGGAUCUUCCGCCAUCCAAAGUCCGGAGCCCAAGACAAUGCAAGUCGCCGUCAUGACCACCGAUUUCGCAAUGCAGAAUGUCAUUCUUCAGAUCAACCUCAACCUCCUCUCACCAUCCUUGAAUCGGGUCAAGCAUCUCAAGACGUUUGUGCUGCGAUGCCACGCCUGCUUCCAGGUGACCAAGGAUAUGACCAAGCAGUUCUGUCCGAGAUGUGGUCAGAGCGCUUUGACGCGUGUCUCCUGCUCUACGAAUGCGAAUGGAGAGUUUAAGCUGCAUCUCAAGAAGAACAUGCAGUGGAACCAGCGGGGGAACAAGUACAGCAUCCCGAAGCCAGUUGCUGGCUCUUCGAAUGGGAAGGUCAGGGGCGGUGGUAAAGAUGGCUGGGGCAAUGAGCUAAUACUGGCGGAGGACCAGAAGGAGUAUCAAAGGGCCAUGCAAGAUGAGAAGAGAGUGAAGGCGAGGGAUCUGAUGGAUGAAGACUAUCUACCCAGCAUCCUCACCGGCGACCGAGGCAGAGCUGGCGGCCGAGUGAAAGUCGGUGCUGGCAGAAAUGUGAACUCGAAGAAGCGAUGA